UGACCCACAGAUCGUCUGCCAAAAGCCCUCCGUUUUCAUCUCAUGCGCUUGACUGCAGAAUUCAGACAAACAGGAUUACUAUCACCCUACGACUGUGCAUCUCCUACAGUUGAAAGCAGCUGGAAUUCCCUCCGCCAAUCGAAUUCGAGGAAGUACGCUUGAUCUACACGCUCGAUAACGGCGAAAGCGCCGAUUUGAACCGUGGUACCUCCAAGGUCGACGGGGCAGGGGGGCAACAAGGUGGACGGGAUGGGAAAUGCAGUGCGUAUCCUUUUCCAUCCAUAGCCAGUGCAAUGCAAUGAAUCUUCUACUUAUCUCUAUAACACAGCUGCUAGUAGUCGGGAUCGCACAGUCAGGAAGCUGUAUGCCGUGGUGCGUUCCACCCAUUUUUCGUACAUCGCUUCAUAGAUCGAUCCCUAAUUCAUCUCCCCUCAACAUCCCUGGGUACUUCCUACAGCCCAUACAACCAACCCAACCAGGACACACGCUCACGCUCCCCGACUGCACCCAUCCACAUCCCUUUGCACUUAUAUUCAUAGAACCAACGCUCAUGUUCCCCGCUAUGCCACCCACAGAUCCGGCGAAGCAAGCUCUUAAGAGGAGGCGGAAGUUGAAAGCGAUCACGGAACCGAAGUCGGAAUGAUAAGGAUGCAAACAGGAAUGGUAAUGGUAAGGCUGG